UUCUCCUCCUCCUUCUCCUCUUCAUCCUCAUACUCCUCCUCUUCCUCCUCCUUUUCCUCCUCCUCUUCCUCCUCCUCCUCUUCCUACUCUUCCUCCUCCUCCCCCUCCUCCUCUUCUUCCUCCUCUUCCUCCUCCUCUACCUCCUCCUCCUUCUCCUCUUCAUCCUCAUACUCCUCCUCUUCCUCUUCCUUUUCCUCUUCCUCUUCCUCUUCCUCCUCCUCCUCUUCCUACUCUUCUUCCUCCUCCUCCUCCUCCUCCUCCUCCUCCUCCUCCUCCUCCUCCUCCUCCUCCUCCUCUUCUUCCUCCUCUUCCUCCUCCUCUACCUCCUCCUCCUCCUCCUCCUCCUCUUCCUCCUCCUCUUCCUCCUCUUCCUCCUCCUCCUCUUCUUCCUCCUCUUCCUCCUCCUCUUCUUCCUCCUCCUUUUCCUCUUCCUCCUCUUCCUCCUCUUCCUCCUCCUUUUCCUCCUCCUACUCCUCUUCUUCCUCCUCCUCCUCCUCUUCCUCCUCCUUCUCCUCCUCUUCUGCCUCCUCCUCCUCUUCCUCUUCCUCUUCCUCUUCCUCUUCCUCUUCCUCUUCCUCUUCCUCUUCCUCUUCCUCCUCCUUCUCCUCUUCCUCCUCCGCC